GCGAAACCUGCCCGGAAUGUCUGUAGUUCAUCCCUGUAUUCCACGUGGGGAACAGCCGUGUCAUGAACCGGAAAUGGCAAAUACAAGUUCUUCCUAGUUCAUGACCGGCAAGAUGGCAGCAGACACGCAGGUUUCAGACGCACUGAAGAGAUUUGCUGUGAAAGUGACCACAGCCAGUGUAAGAGAGCGCCGGGAGAUCCUUGGGGAGUUGGAGGUGUGUAUCAGUGGCAAAGAGCUACCGGAGCCGGCCAUCAAAGGGCUGUGUAAGCUCUUCUGUCUUACUCCACACAGAUACAGGGAUGCUGCAUCUAGGCGAGCCCUCCUCUCCGUCAUUAGCCUCCUGGCCAAGUCUCAACCCGACAUCCUAGCAACCAGCCUCCUCCACUGCCUUCUCAACUGUGGCGUCAUCAGCAAGAAUGGGGCACCCAGUAAGAGCACUGGCUCGGCUGCCUUCAGCGGGCUGUCCUGGACCUGCCUGCUGGUUCGCUCUGUGUUCUCCACUCCAGAGAAAAGAGAGGGCCCUGUCUGGAAGAAAAUGGUGGAGGUUCAGAGUUUGUUGUUGGCAGAGGUGGUGGGUGGGGCACAAGCAACAGCUUUGAAGUCAACCCUGAAGAACCUGAGCCACUUGUGGAAGGAGAACCCUGGCCUUGCCGAUCAAUACAUAAGCACCCUGUUAAGUCUGGAGCAGAACUCAAGCUCAUUGGUUCUUCUGGCAGUAUGUCUGGACUUCUGCACAACUCACAAAGAUAUAGCCACUGUAGAGAAACACAAGAGUGCCCUGUUAGACCUUUAUGUAAAGACGGUCCUCAUGAGCAAGACCAGACCACACCAACACAUCCUGGAAAAGAGUGGCUCCCUGCUGCGCCACGUCUCCCACUCUGAGUUCAGGGACCUGGUCCUCCCGGCCGUGCAGAAGGCCAUGCUUCGCAGCCCAGAGAACGCCCUGCAGACCGUCUCAUGCCUGCUGGCCUCGGUGACUCUAGACCUCAGUCAGUACGCCAUGGACAUCGGGAAAGGCAUUGCCAGCCAGCUGAAGGCCAACAACCCCCAGCUGAUGGAACAGGCCGUGCAGGCCAUGCAGAACCUGGUGCAGCAGUGUAGCGACCCCAGCGCUGUGCAAGACGUUGUCACGCACCUCUUCAGCAUCCUGGGAGGGUCCGAGGGGAAGCUGACUGUGGUCGCCCAGAAGAUCACCGUGCUGUCGGGUAUCGGCAGCUGCAGCCACCACGCCGCGUCGGGCACCUCCAGCCAAACUCUCAGCUCCGCCGUGGCAGUGCUCUUCAUUCCUUAUCUCCAACAGGAAGUGCACGAGGGGACCCUGGUCCACGCUGUGUCCGUGCUGUCUCAGUGGACUGGCCGGCUGACCGUGGAGGUCCCCAAGGCCCUGCUGGACUGGUUGAAGAAGGCCUUCACCCUCAAGGCCUCCACCUCCGCUGUCCGUCACGCCUACCUGCAGGCCAUGCUAGGGGCGUUCAAAGGUGACACUCUGGGCCAGGCAUCUGACCUCGUGCCUCUCCUCCUCCAGACGGUGGAGAAGGCAGCCACCCAGAACUCCCAGCUCUCCCUACUGUCAGAGGCUGUGGCUGCCGCUGUCCUUCUGAGUCGGCUGUCUCUGCUGCAGAACCAGACAGAGGCCAAAUAUGCUGGGUUCUGGACCCUGAUCCUGGAUGAGAAGAAACCCUUAUUCACUACAGAGAAGUUCCUCUGUCAGGCCAGUGAGGAAGCCCUGUGUACAGUGAUACAGCUGUGCGAGAGACUUUUCCUCGAUCAAUCCCACAGACUCACCAAUGGAAAAUCACAGAUGUACCACCGCGCCACUGUGGCGGUGCUGCUGUCUCGUAGCUGGCGUGUGCGGAAGCGGGCACAGCAGACUGUGAGGAAGCUGCUCUCCUCCCUGGGUGGCUCCAGCUUGGCCCACGGCCUUCUGGGAGAACUCAGAGUGGUCAUCAACAAACAUAAGGUGCUGCCUCAGGAGGUGCUGCUGGCAGAGUCAGGGGAGUUGUCUGAGGCGGGCAAGGCCUACACUCCUCCUCGUAUCCUGUUGGAGGCGCUGAAUGUGGUGUGCUCCGUGGCCGCCCAGUGGAACGACCCAACCGAGGCGGACAAGAUGGCCAUGGAGAUGAUCAUCGUGUCUCACCAUCCCUCCAUAGUUGAAGCUCGACCUGGUAUCUGGCCUCAGCUGCUGUCCAGCAUGAACAUUAAUGCCAACGAGUUCAUUGACAAAAACCUGAAUGACAUUCUACCACGGCUGCUGGAGGCCAACGCUGACAAUGAGGCUGUAAGGAAUGCGGUUGGGGCCUUAUCCGGCCUCUCGCCCGUCAAGCUGUUGCCCCGGGUGAUGGGGAAUGUGACGCAGUCGCUGUCCAACUCGGCGCUCCUGCAGGUCACCAGACAGGAGUAUGCCAUCAUGCUCACCCCUGAGGGAGAACUGUAUGACAAGAGCAUCAUCCAGAGUGCCCAGCAGGAGAGCACUAAGAAGGCCAACAUGAAGAGGGAGAACAAGGCCUACUCCUAUAAGGAACAGAUCAUUGAACUGGAGCUGCAGGAGGAGAUAAAGAGGAAGAAAGGCAUCAAAGACGAGGUGCAGCUCACCAGCAAACAGAAGGAGAUGAUGCAAGCCCAGCUGGAGAAGGAGUCGUCCAUCCGAAAGAGACUCCAAGGGUUGGACAUGGAGCUGCAGAGCGCGGUGGGUCUCCUGGAUGCUCUGUUGAUUCAGAAGCCUCCCCACAUCUCUUGGCACCUCCCAGGAGUCCUGCAGGCCCUCCUACCCCUCCUCCACUCCCCGCUGGCCGCCCCACGCGUGCAUCAGACCUUCCUGGCCAUAGGGACCUGCCUGAUGCCCACAGAGCUGCGUUACCUCGCUGUGCUGGUGGGCCAGGUCACACUACGCCUGAUGAAACCUGAGUGUAAUUUGGACCCGGCCUGGGGACAGGAGGAUCUGGACACAGCCACCCAGCGGACUGUAGGGCUGCUCCACAUGCACACUGUCCCACACAGAGAGGCCAGGACUGGGGACAUGGCUCCCCUCUCCGCCCCAGCCUUCUCCUUCUGUUUCCCCCUGCUCAACAUCAUCCUCAGGAACUCCUCCGACAGCACUGACGACACUGAGAACAUGAUGGUCCGUGCACUGCAGGUCAUCAAUGUGCACGCUCAACUCCGUGCCGAGGUCGACACCACAGAUGUACUCAUCGAUGAGAAUGGUCCUGAGCUGUUACCUCGUCACAGUAUUCUUCUACUCCUGACCAGAGUCAUCGCCACUGCUUCACCCAGACUACAGGUGCUGGCCUCCCAGUGUCUGACGGCAGUGUGUGCCAGCGCGGGAGGAGAGAAGGGCUGUGCUCUGGCGGAUCAGAAUGAGAUCGACGUCCUGCUGGAGGCUCUGCUCUCCCCCUGCUUCUCUGUCAGAGACGCUGCUCUCCGGGGACUGUUGGAGAUGGAAAUGGCUCUGCCUACAGAAAGCACCGAUCCCAGUGGCCUGAGUGUCCUCCGUCGGCUGUGGGUGUCCAGGUUUGACGUGGAGGAGGAGGGCAGGACCCUGGCUAAGAGGCUGUGGGAUGCUCUGUGCCUGGAGCUGGUUCCUGAGCUGUGCUGUCUGCUCAUUGGGGAUGUGACCCACCAUGAGGAGGCUGUGCGUUCUGCCGGGGCGGAGGCCUUGUCCAGCGCAAUCAAUCAGUACCGGGACCAGGCCCCUACCGUCCUGGGCCAGCUCAAUGAGCUCUACCAUGAGAAACUCUACAGACCCCCUCCUGUCCUGGAUGCUUUAGGGCGUGUCAUCUCGGAACAAGCACCUGACCAAUGGGAAGCCAGGUGUGGCAUCGCCCUGGCUCUGAACAAGCUGUCUCAGUAUCUGGAUGAGCCCCAGGUCACCCCUCUCUUCCUGUUCUUUGUUCCUGACGCCCUGAAUGACCGUCACCCUGAGGUGCGGCGCUGCAUGCUGGAUGCUGCCCUCUCUGCCCUCAACACACAUGGAAAGGAAAACGUGAGCUCCCUGCUCCCGGUGUUUGAGGAGUUUCUAAAGGACGCCCCCCAGGACGCCAGCUACGACUCGGUCCGCCAGAGUGUGGUCAUCCUAAUGGGAUCUCUGGCUAAACAUCUGGACAAGAGUGACCCUAAGGUCAAACCCAUCGUGGCCAAGCUCAUCACAGCUCUCUCCACCCCCUCACAGCAGGUCCAGGAGUCCGUCGCCAGCUGUCUACCCCCCUUGGUCCCUGCCAUAAAGGAGGAUGCUGGGGGAAUGGCGAGGAAGCUCCUCCAGCUCCUCCUGGAGAGUGACAAGUAUGCCGAGAGGAAGGGUGCUGCCUACGGCCUGGCCGGCCUGGUCAAAGGCCUGGGCAUCCUGGCCCUGAAGCAGCAGGACAUCAUGAGCACGUUGACCGACGCCAUCCAGGACAAGAAGAACUUCAGACGCAGAGAGGGGGCUUUGUUUGCCUUUGAGAUGCUGUGUAACAUGCUGGGGAAGCUGUUUGAGCCCUACGUGGUCCAUGUGCUUCCUCACCUCCUCCUCUGCUUCGGGGACGGGAACCAGUAUGUCAGAGAGGCGGCAGAUGACUGUGCCAAGGCGGUGAUGAGGAACCUGAGUGCCCACGGGGUGAAGCUGGUGCUGCCCUCCCUGCUGGUGGCUCUGGAGGAGGAGUCCUGGAGGACCAAAGCGGGUUCUGUGGAGCUCCUGGGUGCCAUGGCCUACUGUGCCCCUAAGCAGCUGUCCUCCUGCCUGCCCAGCAUCGUGCCCAAGCUGACCGAGGUGCUGACCGACUCCCAUGUCAAAGUGCAGAAUGCCGGCCAGCAGGCCUUACGACAGAUCGGCUCUGUCAUCCGCAACCCUGAGAUCCUGGCCAUCACCCCCAUCCUGCUGGAUGCCCUCACUGAACCCUCCCGGAAGACCCAGAACUGCCUGCAGACCCUGUUGGACACCAAGUUCGUCCACUUCAUCGACGCUCCCUCCUUGGCCCUCAUCAUGCCCAUCGUCCAGAGGGCCUUCCAGGACCGCUCCACUGACACCCGCAAGAUGGCCGCUCAGAUCAUCGGCAACAUGUAUUCGCUCACUGACCAGAAGGACUUGUCUCCAUACCUGCCCAGUGUUAUUCCUGGACUCAAAGCCUCUUUGCUGGACCCCGUGCCUGAGGUGCGUACGGUGUCGGCCAAGGCCCUGGGCGCCAUGGUGAAGGGCAUGGGCGAGUCCUGCUUCGACGACCUCCUACCCUGGCUCAUGGAGACCCUGGCGUCCGAGCAGAGCUCCGUGGACCGCUCCGGUGCUGCACAAGGCCUGGCUGAGGUGAUGGCCGGCCUGGGGGUGGAGAAGCUGGACAAGCUGAUGCCGGACGUGGUGCAAACCGCCAGCAAGGUGGACAUCGCCUCCCACGUCCGCGACGGCUACAUCAUGAUGUUCAUCUACCUGCCCCUCACCUUCGGGGAUCGGUUCACCCCCUAUGUCGGCCCCAUCAUCCCCUGCAUUCUCAAGGCUCUGGCCGAUGAGAACGAGUAUGUGAGAGACACCGCUCUGCGAGCGGGCCAGCGCAUCAUCAGCAUGUACGCCGAGACCGCCAUCGCCCUGCUGCUGCCCGAGCUGGAACAGGGCCUGUUUGACGACCUUUGGAGGAUCAGGUUCAGCUCUGUGCAGCUGCUGGGAGACCUGCUCUUCCACAUCUCCGGAGUCUCCGGCAAGAUGACCACCGAGACCGCCUCCGAGGACGACAACUUUGGCACGGCGCAGUCCAACAAAGCUAUCAUCGGGGCCCUGGGCGGAGAGAGGCGUAACCGCGUCCUGUCUGGCCUAUACAUGGGCCGCUCUGACACCCAGCUGGUGGUGCGCCAGGCCUCCCUGCACGUGUGGAAGAUCGUGGUGUCCAACACGCCACGCACCCUCCGGGAGAUCCUGCCCACCCUCUUCAGUCUGCUGCUGGGCUUCCUGGCCUCCGACUGCCCCGACAAGAGAACGAUCGCUGCCAGGACCCUUGGAGACCUGGUCCGUAAACUGGGAGAGAAGAUCCUCCCGGAGAUCAUCCCCAUCCUGGAGGAGGGUCUGCGCUCAGACAAGAGUGAUGAGAGGCAGGGCGUGUGCAUCGGCCUGAGUGAGAUCAUGAAGUCCACCAGCCGGGACGCGGUGCUGAUAUUCUCGGAGUCCCUGGUCCCCACGGUGCGGAAGGCACUCUGUGACCCCCUGGAAGAGGUACGAGAAGCCGCAGCUAAAACCUUCGAGCAGCUCCAUGCCACCAUCGGCCACCAGGCGCUGGACGACAUCCUGCCUGCCCUGCUCAAACAGCUGGAUGACGAGGAGACUGCCGAGUUUGCUUUGGACGGUCUGAAACAGGUGAUGGCGGUGAAGAGUCGCUCGGUGCUGCCCUACCUGGUUCCCAAGCUGACUGCUCCUCCUGUGAACACGCGUGUGCUGGCCUUCCUGUCUGCCGUGGCUGGAGAUGCUCUGACCCGACACCUAGGGGUCAUCCUGCCCGCCCUGUACUCCUCUCUCAAGGACAAGCUUGGAACAGAGGAGGGACAACAGGAGCUCGCCAGCUGCCAGGCUGUGAUCCUCUCCGUGGAAGACGACGUGGGUCAGCGUAUCAUCAUCGAGGACCUCCUGGAGGCCACCAGGUCACCGGACGCUGGUCUCAGGCAGGCGGCCGCCACCAUCCUCAACGGGUACUUCUCCCGUACCCGCCUGGACUACAGUGCCCACACGCGCAGCCUCCUGUCGGGUCUCAUCCGCCUGCUCAACGACUCCAACCCCGAGGUCCUGGUGCAGAGCUGGGACGCCAUCAACUCCAUCACCAAGAAACUGGACGCUGGCAGUCAACUGGCAAUGAUUGACGACUUACACAAAGACAUCCGGUCAGUGGCUUCAGAGGUCAAGGGUCAGCAUCUGCCUGGGUUCUGUCUCCCCAAAAAGGGGGUGACCUGCAUUCUGCCAGUGCUGAGGGAGGGGGUGUUGACGGGCAGCCCGGAACAGAAGGAGGAGGCGGCCAAAGCCCUGGGAGGAGUCAUUAAGCUGACCUCCGCCGAGGCUCUACGACCCUCCGUGGUCAACAUCACCGGACCGCUCAUCCGUAUCCUCGGGGACCGCUUCGCCUGGACCGUGAAGACGGCUCUGCUGGAGACACUCACCCUGCUGCUGGCGAAGGUGGGCAUAGCCCUGAAGCCUUUCCUGCCACAGCUCCAGACCACCUUCCUGAAGGCUCUGCAGGACUCCAGCCGGGCAGUCAGGCUGAGGGCGGCUGAGGCCCUGGGCCAACUGGUGUCCAUCCACAGCAAGGUGGAUCCCCUGUUUACAGAGCAGCUCUCUGCUAUCCGCACAGCGGAGGACUCCGGAGUCAGAGAGACCAUGCUGCAAGCCUUACGUUUCGUAAUACAGGGAGCAGGGUCAAAGGUUGACCCGGCCAUAAGGAAGAACAUCACUACCACAUUGCUGAGCAUGCUGGGUCAUGAUGAGGAUGCUACGCGCAUGUCCUCAGCUGGUUGCGUAGGAGAGCUGUGUGCCUUUCUGUCUGAAGAGGAGUUGAGAAGUGUGUUGCUUCAGCACAUCCUGGCUGACAUCUCCGGUGUGGACUGGAUGGUGAGGCACGGUCGCAGUAUGGCUUUGGCCAUUGCAGUCAAGUCUGCCCCUGAAAGUCUGUGUGGGGAGGAGUACAGUUCAACUGUAGUGGAGGCCAUCCUGGCCAGUGCCACUGCAGACAGGAUCCCCAUAGCCACUAGUGGAAUCCGAGCCAUGGGCUACCUAAUGAGGCAUCAGCUCAGAACCAAGGGAGGAAGUGGAUGUCCGCAGCGGAUCAUCACACAGUUUGUCAAGUGUCUUCAGAACCAGUCCAGUGACAUCCGGUUGGUGUCAGAGCGGGUUCUGUGGUGGGUGUUUAAGGAGGAGACCACACCCUCCCUGGAACCCACACUCAUCAAGCCUCUGGUGAAGAGCCUACUGGACAAUACCAAGGACAAAAACACGAGCGUGAGAGCCCAGAGCGAACACACCAUCAUCAGCCUGCUGCGACUACGCCAGGGAGAGGAGACCAUGCAGAGCGUUAGUGCCAUCCUUGACUCUGCUAGCAAUGAUCUGCUUUCUGACUGUCACCGCCGCUCCCUGAAGAAGAUAUCCAGCCUUCCGGACUCUAAUGAAGAGAUUGACGACACCAUCCUCACGUGAUGGGACAGAACGAACCCGGCUUGACAACUUCAUAAUGUUGUUCAUGUACUUAAAUAAGACCUCCAUAAUAAUCAAGAAACACA